GUUUCAAAAUGGCGUCUCCUCCUUGACAACAAGGAUCUCAGUUUGACCCUCGUAAUAAACGUCCUUUUCUCCGGUUUUCAAUGAGCCAGGAGCUCAGUUAUGUGCAGCUAAAGACUGCUAAUGAAGCUAGACAAGCGGAAGAGGUUCGGCUUGAACACAGAAAAAGAACGUUACUUGUUCUUAUUCUUCAUUACCUCAGAGAUGAAGGAUAUUUAGACGCAGCCAGAGUUUUGGAAAGAGAAGGAGGAACCGGACUGAUGAAAUAUGAAGUGUGCGAUAAUGUUGACCUGCCAAAUAUCUUACAAGAAUAUGAAUCCUACUAUUAUGUUAAGUUUAACAAGCAACCAAAAAUCAUCAAGAAAUCACUCAGCUCUGCAGAUUCAAAUAAAUGUUUGCCUCCAAAACUGAAAAGUUUAACAAAAAGUUCAAGGAAUAAUUCAGUGUCCUUGCCAAGCAUCAGUAACACUAACGGAGAAAGUACACCACAGUCAGCAGGAUCAGCAUCAAAACGACCAAGCAGUGAUGGAAAAAGAAAACCUAAACUAAUAAAACAGAAUUCUUCAUCAGCUGUAAACUCACCUCCAGAAGUCACUCCACAAAGUUCAUCAACCAGCUUGAAUUUAUCUGGAACAUCAAUAACUACACAAGGCAAAAAUGCAUUACCUAGCAACCAGGGCAACCAGCAUGGAAAGCAAGUGAUAGUGGAUAUGAGAGCCAUGCUCAAUAAUGCUAUUAAAGGGGAUUACAUGACUGCCGAUAAUGAUCCUUCUAAUCGCUUGUUGAAACCUGUUGGAGGAUUUGCAGGGUUGACAGGUGAAUGGAGAGACCUUGCUUCUGUUAUUAGCCGGGAUAUCUAUCUCCAUGAUCCUGAUGUGCGAUGGGAUGAUAUUAUUGGGCUUGACGCUGCUAAGAGAUUGGUCAAAGAGGCUGUAGUUUAUCCUAUCAAGUAUCCACAGUUAUUUAGUGGUAUAUUGUCACCAUGGAAAGGUCUUUUGCUCUAUGGUCCACCAGGUACUGGCAAGACCCUGCUAGCUAAAGCAGUAGCUACAGAAUGCAACACGACUUUCUUCAACAUAUCGGCUUCUUCAAUUGUCAGUAAAUGGAGAGGAGAUUCAGAGAAACUUGUUAGAGUUUUGUUUGAGCUGGCUCGAUUCCAUGCCCCAUCAACAAUUUUCCUAGAUGAGCUUGAAUCGCUAAUGGGACAAAGAGGAGCGGGAGGGGGAGGGUCGGAACAUGAAGGUAGUCGUCGCAUGAAGACAGAAUUACUCGUUCAGAUGGAUGGUCUUGCACGAUCAGAUGAUCUGGUAUUUUUAUUAGCAGCUUCUAAUUUACCCUGGGAAUUGGACCACGCAAUGCUACGGAGACUGGAGAAGAGAAUCCUGGUCGAUUUACCCAUCGCUGAAGCAAGGAAAGCCAUGUUAAAGCAAUAUCUACCGCCUGUUAUUGCUGCUACUGAUGAAAAUGGUGUUGAUAUACGUACAGAGAUUGAUUACGAGACUUUAGCGCAGAAAACUGAUGGAUAUUCAGGCUCAGACAUGAAACUGCUUUGUAAAGAAGCAGCCAUGAGAAAAGUACGCAAAAUAUUCGACAUCCUAGAAGGACAUCAUCCUGAAAAUGUUGAUGGUCGUGCGACACCUCUACCUAAACUGGAGAUUGAACCAGUAACAAACGCUGACAUGGAGGCAGCGCUGGCUCACACCAAACCCUCUGCACGGCAGUUACGCGAUAAGUACAAAGAAUGGCAAAAAGAAUACGAAUCUGUAUAAAUUAUGUUAUUCUACGGUGUAAUAUAUUAUAAUCCUGUGAGUUCUAUUGAUGAUUAUGGCCAGAGAGGUUCAUAAUUAUUAAAAGACUACUGAUGUGCGAAAGCUAUGAUGAUUGACAUGUAUUACAUGUGAAUCACGUGCUAUGUCAAAGCGUUUUGGUCACGUGUGCAUUAAUUCCACUUUCAGAUCACGUGAAAGUACAAAACUACCAUGUUAACAUGGGCGAUAAACUUUAUCACGUGACCAUAUUCACGUGAUCUUCAGCUUAAUCACGAGUCUAUAGAAAUAGGAGCAAUUUCCCACUAGUGUGACUGUUGAAAGCCGGGUUUAUAGUGAUUUAAAAGCUAAUCACGUGACUAGUCACGUGAACACGGUGUUAUUACUCAGACCCCAACCCUCAUCUUUUCCAACUCGGUCACUAAAGUCUUGUUUUGUAAAAAGAAUGGUAUUUAAUCACGUGACCCAUCACGUGAACAUGGUGUUAUUACUCAGACCCCUAUCCUUAUCUUUUCCAGUUCGGUCACUAAAGUCUUGUUUCGUAAAAAGAAUGGUUUUAUUUCAUGAAUAAAUGUAUAACUUCUAUAAGCAAA